AUGCGCAUCAUCCCCGGCACCAAGGGCCUCUAUAAACUUGCUCUCUGCUCGACGCUAUUGCCGCUUGGAGCAUUUUCAUCGACGGCGUCACCCCAGAGCUCGGUCUCUAACCACGCUACGAACCUGAGUGAGGCACUUCCUCCGUACCGGAAUGCAUCCUUGUGUGUUAAUGAGAGGGUCGAAGACCUCCUGAGUCGAAUGACUCUCGAGGAGAAAGCUGGGCAAAUGUUCCAGCUGCAAAUCUUCAUGGGUCCUAAUGGUACAUUUGACCCGGGCGACCCUUCUCGACGACGAGGCAGCACCGUUGACAGGGUUACCAAGAAGUUUAUGACCCAUUUCAACGUGGCCUUCGCCACUGAGGAAACGAAAGCCAACGCAGAGUUUGUCAAUCGUCUUCAGGAACUAGCAAUGGAGACGCGUCUUGGAAUUCCAGUCACGCUUUCAACCGACCCUCGCCACGCGUUUCAAGAGAAUGUGGCUGCUGGCUUCUCCGCCGGCACUUUUUCGCAGUGGCCGGAGCCCAUCGGACUCGCAGCCAUAAGAGAUGUGGACUUGGUUCGGAAAUUUGGGGAGAUUGCCCGUGAGGAGUACAUUGCUAUGGGUAUUCGAGUUGCGCUACACCCACAAGUUGACGUGACGACAGAGCCACGAUGGUCCCGUACCAACCACGGCUUUGGUGAGGAUGCCCAUUUAACUGCGGAGCUUGUAGAAGCUUACAUCCAGGGCUUCCAGGGCCGUGGCAACUUUGGAGCUCACUCGGUUAGCACUGUCACAAAGCAUUUUCCGGGCGGCGGUCCAGCAGAAAACGGGGAAGAUUCGCACUUCAGUUACGGAAAGAACUCAUCCUAUCCCGGUAACAACUUUAAGUAUCAUCUGAUCCCAUUCAAAGCCGCGAUUGCAGCGGGUACUCGACAGAUCAUGCCUUAUUACUCAAGACCUCAGGGUACUCAAUACGACUCCGUUGGAUGGGCCUUUCAACGACAAGUCGUUACUGAGCUUCUUCGGGAAGAACUAGGUUUUGAGGGUAUUGUACUCACUGACUGGAGCAUCAUUACUGGCUCGAGUGCCACCGGUGAGCUUAUACCCCCAAGGGCGUGGGGUGUCGAGGGCCUGACUGAACUUGAACGCGCUGCCUUGGUCCUCGAUGCAGGUUGUGAUCAGAUUGGAGGUGAAGAGCGCCCUGAUAUCAUCAUCGAGCUUGUUAGGCGUGGUAUUGUGCCAGAAAAGCGCAUUGAUCAGUCUGUCCGCCGUUUACUUCGAGAGAAGUUCCUCCUCGGCCUUUUUGAAAACCCCUUCCUCGAUGUUGACAUGUCGGAGAAAAUGGUCGGCAAUGCCUACUUCAAAAAAUUAGGCGAAGAGGCCCAGCGCCGAGCGUAUACUUUACUCACCAACAAAGGCUCGAUCUUACCACUUCAACCUGGCCCCGAGACCAAGUUUUUCAUUGAGGGUUUCAACGUUACAUAUAUGGAUAAGCGUCAUCUUACCGUUGUGGAGACACCUGAAGAAGCCGACUACGCUCUUCUCCGUCUUGAAGCUCCCUAUGAGCCGCGAAACGGCACGGUCGAGAGGAAUUUCCACGCCGGGUCCCUGGCGUACCCUCCAAGCGAGCAGAAGCGUCAGGCAGCGAUUUACGAAAGCGUCCCAACCAUUGUUGACAUGUUCCUUGACCGACCCGCCAUUAUACCUGAAGUCGUCGAAGGUACCUCGGCGCUUCUCGGCAGCUAUGGCAGCAGCCCCGAUGCGUUCCUAGAUAUUGUCUUUGGCAUUGCCUCACCCGGGGGCAAACUUCCGUUUGACCUACCCCGAUCGAUGGAGGCUGUGAAAGCGAGCAUGGAGGAUGUGCCGUUUGAUACUCGGGACCCGGUGUUCAAGUUUGGCCAUGGUCUGAGCUAUUCUACCGCCUGUUGCCCCAAACCUACAUAG